AUGAGUAGUCUCAUUGUCAGCCCUAACCUGACGGUUCAUGAUACCAUAGUCCUCCAGAACCUUAUCGACGAUAUUGAACGAUACGACGACAAGCAUCUAGCGCCCGCCGACGGCGACGAGGGGUAUGCCAGCCAGGAAUCCUUGGAUGAGAAGUCUAAUAAAGACGAUGAACCCUGCCGUGGAGUGUCAUCCCAGAGGGACGCCAAGGACAUCCGCAAGCUGAAGGGGCUGAACGACGCUGCAAGCCAAGACUUCGAACCGAGUGUCCUUUCAUCCGUGGACUUGAGAGAUCUGCCGUCCAAGAUUCCGGCUGCUCUCCAUCAGCAUGUCGUCCUGCCGUACGUUGCAUGGGCACGAAAGAUCGUGCGCCAUGAGACUGACGUCCUGAUGCUGACGCAUCUUUUCCUCUACUUCACCACGUCGGUGCCAAGCGCCAUCAUGCUGUUCCGCAACUUCAACUACUUCCAUGGCGUCCUGCACAUGGCGCUGCAGUUCCACUACAUGGGAACCUACACUCUGAUGAUGCAUCAGCACAUUCACAUGAACGGCAUUCUGUCGAAGGAAUGGUCUGUUCUGCGGAUGUUCGAUGCGGUGUUUCCAUACAUCACUGAUCCCCUCAUGGGACACACAUGGAACACCUAUUUCUACCAUCACGUCAAGCAUCACCACGUCGAGGGCAACGGCCCCAACGAUUUGUCAUCAACUAUUCGAUACCAACGGGAUGACCUCUUCCACUUUCUCCAUUACGUUGGCCGCUUCUUCUUUCUUGUGUGGUUUGACCUGCCAAUAUAUUUCUUCGGCAAAGGCCAAAUCAAGAACGCCCUGAAAACGGGCUUCUGGGAGCUGGGCAACUACACGUUUCUCUACACACUCUACUGCCUCAACAGCAAGGCGACCACCUUUGUCUUCCUCGGACCGUUGCUGCUGCUCCGCCUGGGCCUCAUGGUCGGCAACUGGGGCCAGCACGCCUUUGUUGACGCCGACGAACCCGACUCGGACUUCCGCUCCAGCAUCACCUUGAUUGAUGUACCGAGCAACCGCUACUGCUACAACGACGGCUACCACACGUCACAUCACCUCAACCCGCGCCGUCACUGGCGCGACCACCCGACGUCGUUCCUCCAGCAAAAGAAGACGUACAUCCGGGAGAAGGCGCUGGUGUUCCACAACAUCGAUUAUCUCAUGGUGACGGUAAAGCUGCUCCAGAAGGAUUAUCUGCAUCUGGCCAAGUGCCUUGUGCCGGUGGGUGAGCAGAUUGCCAUGACGAUUGAGGAGCGGGCGACAAUGCUGCAGCGGCACACUAGGAAGUUCGACGAGGCCGAGAUCCGAGAGAAGUUCCGCGGCUAUAAGACCAAAUAG